GCGGCGACCGAGGGGAGGGAAACUGGUGGCGUCCCCAUCUCGCAGGGUCCUGGGCGAUGACGCGUCCGCGCCCCACUGAUUGGAGCCCUCCUGGCCUUCCGCGCCCGACAGGCUGUCAGGGAGUAUAAAGCAUCCUCCGAGCUGUGCCCUCUCCGCAAACGUGACCUAGAGAAAAGUCAAGCCUCACCGACUGAGAAGCCAUGACAUGCCGGGACGCACUUUGCGACGGGCGCUCCAGGAGCAGGGUGCUGGUGCCAGGCAGCUCCCCCAGCGGCUUGCGCCCCCGCGGGUUCGCCAUCACGGAUCUUCUGGGCCUGGAAGCUGAGGUGCCCGCGCCUGCCGGCCCCGGGCCAGGAUCUGGCUGCGAGUCCUCCGUGGCCGCACCCUGUACGGGUUCGGGUCUCGCGGGCUCCUGCAUGGCGCGCGGGGCCCUCCCAUUGGGGCUCGGCCUUCUAUGCGGCUUCGGCGCACAGCCCCCCGCGGCCCCUCGGGCGCCUUGCCUGCUCAUGGCAGACGUGCCGUUCCUGCCACCCGGGGCGCCUGAACCCGCUGCCCCGCAAGCCCCUGGUCGCCCGCCGCCCCCUCUCGGCAGCCAGAAGAGCAGCGAGAGCGUCUCGACGUCCGAUGAGGACAGCCCAUCUGAAGAUAGGAGUGACCUGAAGGUGUCCCCCACCCUUGGCAAGAGAAAGAAGCGGCGACACAGGACUGUUUUCACCGCCCACCAACUGGAAGAGCUGGAGAAGGCAUUCAGCGAGGCCCACUACCCUGAUGUGUAUGCCCGGGAAAUGCUGGCUGUGAAAACUGAGCUCCCUGAAGACAGAAUACAGGUCUGGUUUCAAAACCGGAGGGCCAAGUGGCGGAAGCGGGAGAAGCGCUGGGGUGGUAGCAGCGUGAUGGCGGAGUAUGGUCUCUAUGGGGCCAUGGUGAGACAUUGCAUCCCGCUGCCAGACUCUGUCCUCAACUCCACCGAGGGUGGCCUGGUUGGUUCCUGUGCACCAUGGCUUCUGGGGAUGCAUAAAAAAUCCACAGGGAUGAUAAGGAAACCAGGAAGUGAAGAAAAGCUGACAGGACUCUGGGACUCGGACCAACUCCAGGAAGGUUCUAGCCCAAGGCAGACAGGAUCCCAGAGAAGCUCAGAUGAAGCCAGCCCUGAGAAUGGCUUGGAAGAUAUGGCCAUUGAUCUCUCCAGCUCUGCCCGGCAGGAGACCAAGAAAGUACACCAGGGCACCAAUGCUAGAGGAUGCUCAGACUCCUCAGGGCUGGAGGGGCUCCAGCCAGGGAAGGUGGGAGCCUGA